CUGCAACUAUAUCUUAGAGAAUGGUUGCAACUGGGGAUUUGAAGGGAUCCCUCCAGAUGAACGACUAUUCUCAAAUGGAGAAAUAGAGGCUAAGCAAAAAAGUGUGUUCUGAUUUCUGAAAGUAGCGUUCUUUUUACGGGAUGCCCAAAAAAGAAAAAGGUACCAAACCAGGCGAUCGGCGGGAUUCGUGCUAUUGAGUAUUGACCCAACUAACAGCGCCGCCUUGGCACUUGGCAGCCCGCGUUAAGCAGUCCGUUGGGUCAUUUCCCCUCCUUUCCUUACUGUCUUCCUUAAACAGUGACAUUUUUGCUACCUCACCGGGACUUUGACUGGGGUUCGGUCCACUCACAAACCCUUCCCAAACCCUUAACCUCCUUCUCCCCCUGCAAUGCCCGGCGGAGACGGCGUUUUGGUUCCUGUGCCCACUGAAAACGGAGGCUCAGCAGUGGUUUACCCUCUACACCAUGGUCUUAGCCCUCCAAUAGCUUGCCUCGCCAUCUCCUGGUCUGGAGGCAAUUCUCUCCGCGUCUCCGUUUUCAGGCCUCCUUCCGAAGAUGAAGCGGGAGGCAAGGUGGUGGAGGUUAAGCUCAGUAAUGGAGACCAGGAAAUUUCCGGCGCGCAGUGGCGGAGGAUUGCAUACGGGUCGGUCUCACCAUUUGCUCUGCUUCAGAGUCGUCGGAGUUCUUUUUCCUGUUUGUCAAAGCUUUCCAAGAGUCCAUCGCCGUAUCAUUUGGACUGGUGGGAGUAUGUAAUAGAGUAUAGUAAGGACAUUAGCUCACUUCUUGGUGGGCGAAAGUUGGCUUCCAGUCCAAUAAUUGAAGAAUCAAACGCAAUUCUUAAGAAAGGUGAGGAGCCAACAUGCUUGAAAGCAGCAUGGGAGAUGAUGGAAAUAUUUUAUGCAGAUAAGCAAUCUCAAGCAUGGCUGCCUGAAAGACUAGUUGAUUGGUUAGCUGAUUACGACACCCUCUUUUCUAAUACGCAAGCAACAAUUCAUUCCAAGCUUGUUGAUUUUCAAAAGGAUCUUGUUAAUAUUCAGGUGAUUGAGGAUGAUCCUAGAUAUUGGGAAGUUUUGUCAUCCGCACUGGCAGUUGGUUGGCUUGAUAUUGUGGUUAAAAUGCUGCGUUUGCAUGGAUCUUACCAACUAGAUCAGCUCAGCAACCGUGAGAUAGAGAAUGGACUAGUUGAGGGUGCAGUUCUUAUCUCUAAAAUGCCUCGUUUGCGUCCUGAGUCUGCUGUUGGAAAAUUAGGUGAAUGCUUUAAAUCCAAGCCUGAAUUUAUCAAGGCUUGGGAGAAAUGGAGGGCACAGAUUACAAAGCUUGAUUGCAGUGCUUUUUGGAUUCAAUGUGAUAAUCAUCAAACACGCGAGGGCUUGAAAGGAAUGCUUCAAAUUAUGCUGGGUAACAUUGACAGUAUCCUUAUGGCUACAUGUCACUGGAUAGAGUUGUAUAUUUCCCAUUUUCUUUACAUCAAGCCAUUUACAACGGGUAUGGAAAACAUGCUUAGCUUAGCAUUGAAAUGCAUCCAAUUGAAACCAGUAUCCAACACCCACAAGUUGACAGGACUUUUGAUUGGAAUUCUUGAAGAAAACACUGAGGUUGUCUUAGCAGAAUGUUCUCAAGAAUAUGGCCCUUGGAUGGUUGCACAUGCAGUAGAAUUGUUGAGUGCUGGGAGUGAACAAGCAGAGAUUCUUCUAUACGAAGAGCGUUAACUUGGGGGAAUCAGCAUAGGGGAACUGCAUCGACUUAUAUAUGCUCAAGUGUUAUCUUCACAUUCAUUGACUUGGCAAAUAGCACCAAUAUAUCUGACAUCAUGCAUGAAGCAAGGAAUGGGCUUGUUGGAGACUUUAUUAGACAGACAAUCUGUUCGACAUAAUGAAACAUUGCUUAAGAAUAUAGAGUUGUGUCGUCUGUAUGGGCUAAACCAUGUCAGUUCAAAUAUCAUGAAGGUUGCUGGAGUACAUCAUUGGAAGCAUGGUAGAAAAGGUGCUGGAGUAUAUUGGCUUCAGCAAGCCCAAGAUGCUAAUCGCCUCCAUAGGAUUGCUCAACAAUUAUUUGAUUCAGUUGGGAAGUCAAUCUCUGAUGAAAGCUUCAAGCAAUGGGAAGGUGUAAUCGAAUUAUUGGGCUCUGAUUCUAAGAGUGCAGGAGGUCUUGAAUUCUUGCGCAAGUACAGGGAUUUGAAAAGAUUUCUUCAGCAGGUAACUAGUGGAAAAUCAACUGAAGCUGCUAGGCAAGCUGUUGACUCCCUCAUACUGCUGAUGAAGAAUCCAUCAACCCCUCAACGCUUUUGGCUGCCCAUUCUAUAUGAUUCGUUGAAGCUGCUUAAUUGGCAGGGUUGCCCUCUGCUAAACGUAUCUGAGACCAAUCUUCUGUUAAAUAAACUACAAGAGUCAUCUCUGGCAAGGCUACGUCCAGACUUUAAAGAGUCCAGCUUACCGCCUGGGGCACUAAGUUGUGUGAGGCUUGCUCUAGCAACAAAUCUUGGACGUGCUAUUCUUGAUGAAUAGGCUGCCCAGAAAUUUAAAUCAGGUGUGGAUGAACACAAGUGCCUUCCUAUCACCGAUGCUCUUUCAGUGCCUGGUUUUCUCGCGGCAUGCAGCAUGGGCUUCUAAAUCUCAAAGGAGCAUACUAACGGCGGCACGAGCAUGCUUCAUGGGAUGUCGUCUCUUGUUAAGUCGCAUGUAGUGAGUCCUGUUUGAACUCUCUGAUUUUUCAAGAAUCGGAUGACAUCAGCAAAGAAUUAAUUAUGCAGAAACCUUUUAAUUUUUUUCGUUUUUAGGGUGGAGGUGAAUCCUGCGCGUAAAAAUUAAACCACUGUAAAACGAAGGGCAUUCUUUAUUGAUUCUGGGUUUACGUAA